AUAAUUUUCAUUUCCGAUAGAAGAUACUUUUUUUUCACGGCGGCGAUAACAAAUCUCCGGCUUAAGGAAGGAGAAGAAGAAGAAGAGAAGCUAUGACAACAAUCAGUCUUCGCAAGAGUAACACCAGACUCCCACCGGAAGUGAAUCGCGUGCUCUACGUUCGUAACCUUCCCUUUAACAUAACGAGCGAGGAGAUGUACGAUAUCUUCGGCAAGUACGGCGCAAUUCGCCAGAUUCGAAUCGGUUGCGACAAGGCGACGAAAGGUACAGCCUUCGUCGUUUACGAGGAUAUCUACGACGCCAAGAACGCCGUCGACCAUCUCUCUGGCUUCAACGUCGCGAAUCGGUACCUAAUCGUGUUAUACUACCAGCACGCGAAGAUGAGCAAGAAGUUUGACCAGAAGAAGAGUGAAGAUGAGAUUACCAAGUUGCAGGAGAAGUAUGGAGUCUCUACCAAAGAUAAGUAAUAAUUGUCCUCGAAUUCGACUGUUACUGCUGCAAAUUAGGGUUUUAAAAUUGGGGGAGAUGUGAAACUUUCUUUAUCUGUAUGAAUUUGGUUAUGUAUGGUUUGCUCUUUUGUCAUUUACAUCGACCAAGCAAUGAGAAAUACAUCUUUUGUGACAA